AUGCCAGUGCCUCUGCCCAAGCGCACGCACGUUGCCACGACGCCGUUGGGCUUGGGCUUUUGUACACGGUGUUUGGGGCCCCUGCGCAGCGCAUGCACUGUCGUCCAAGUACAGACACCUCGCCCUCCACGCCCGCCCUCGCACACCGUGGCGCAUACCGAGCACGGCCUUGGGCACCGUGCACGCCAGCCUGCCCCAACAAAAGAAACUGAACGACAAGCGGCCACGGCAAUGCAUGUAAUCUACAUGUGUCUCUGCGGUAUUCGUGGCGACGACUCUCCGGAGUACCUCGAGUGGCACCACGCAGCCCGCCUAUUCUUUGUCACUCUUGCUCUGACUCCCUCUUCCUCGUGCCAGCUGAUGCAAUGCGAGCCGAUGUAUGGGCCGGAAUGGCGACCUGCGACGCUAACAGCGCUGACAAGCCAGGUCCGCCAAUUACUGCGCGGAAUCUCUCUAGCAGCGCUCAACUCUCCCGCAAAAGCAGUCACGCCAGGUGGCGUCCCCACACGACGACGACAUGACGAGGGUCUGCGUGACAGCACCGUGCCGACUGUUACUCACAGCGUCCGCAAUCCGGAGGCACUGACUGAGCCCAGAUGGCCUGAACGAUUGGGUGGCAGCAGCAGCAGAGCAGCAGUUCGCUUCGGCGGAAGACGCACGGCCACGGCAUGGUGCGUGCGCUGGUGCCGGUACGUGGUGGAUGCUGCGUGGACAGCACGUUUUGCGAGUAUCGCUGCAUGUGCUCUGUUUGCUGUCCACGCUGCUGCACACGUUGCUGCGAUCGCCAUCCGUCCACGUCGCAACAAAGGAAAAAGGCCGACAUGA